UGACCAUGCAUCUCGAGAUCAUCAUGUUGAGGUGAUUAAUCCACACUCUCAGGCUGUUUGGCUUACUCGCCGACUGACAUGGCUGGUCACAGCACACAACGCCAAAAGCAACUCUCUCGGCUCGCUAUCAUCAUCAUUGUUGUCCUGUUCGCUGCUGUGCUGGCACGCCAGCUAUUUUCAAAAGCAAACCUCCAUAAUAAACACCCUCGUGCGCGCAGCCCUCAAUCUAUCAUCGGGGGACGCUGGAAAGCCGUGCGGGCGUCGCUGAACUUACCUCCUCUUCUUGACACCAUUAACCCAUCCGCUGCUAUCCUGCCCCCGUCGACGCCACUUCGCACCGGAAAGCUCCCCUCGCGCUUCGAUCUCCGUCGGAAGCGCGCCGAAGCAGACCUUCAGAGUCAGAGCAGGCUUCACCUCGCUGCAGAUGUGAGAGAUGCACCCCGCGUAUCAGUGGAAGUACUAGCUGCGUCAUUCCGCCGCAUUGCAGCUGCUGAGAAAGAGAUGGCAGAGACGCGAGGAAAACAUGAGAAGUCGGGACAAAAGGCACGAGUCCGGAGACGUAUCGAGGACUGGCAGGACCCAACAAAUGUAAAAGAUGUAUUGACUACUGUCACGAAUGACUAGAUGAUGCUCGCAGUUGACAAUCGUACCAGCAAUCGAACAGACAUUAUACGAUCGAUAAAGUAGCACAGCGACGAUUACUAUCACUCCUCCCUGGCCGGAACAGGCUCCGCGCCAUUGUCUGUCUUGCUCUUCCUCCACGUAACAAAUUCAUCAAGCAAUGACGGCCAGGCCUACAGAGUUCAGUAUACGCCUAAUCAUCGCACAAUAUAAUGUGACGUACCCCAUCAGCUUCGUAAUCGGUCAAGGAAGGGUCCACAGCAC